AUGUUUCCCUUCAGCGACGCUCCUCUGGACCUCAAGAUAAAGGCCAGCAUGAUAGCUGACAUGUUUUCCAUCGUGGGCUUCGUGUGUCAGGACCCCCUGCUGAAACAGCCGCGCUCCGAACGCAACGCUGUGGAGCCCACUCUCAGGCAGCCGGCGCCGAAAUCCACGAGGCAGAGGCCAAUGUCAGCCUGCGACGCAGGCACCCAGAGCUCUGAGGACAUGCUGGAGGGCACCCUGGGCCGGGGGGGCAGUAGCACCCUAGGCCUGACCGCUGAGGAGAUCAAAGUGUUGAGGAGGACCACGGAGGAGUACGAGAGACGGGGGGGCUUCAUCAGGAUCUUCCCCACCCGAGACACCUGGGAGCUCUAUGCUGGAUAUCUGGAGUGCAAGACAUCGAUGAACUCCAUGUUGGCCAGCAGGCUUUUCCAUGAAAGUAACGUCGGCGGGGACGGGCCGCCGGCCCAGGACGUCUUCAACAGCUGUCACGGCGCUCAGUACGAGAGGAAGCUGACCUCGCUGGAGGGCCGCAAGAAACGUCGGCGCUACCUGGCCCAGAGGUCCACCGCCGCCCGGAAGAAGACCACCGCGAGGGACUCCAAGGCCUGUCCCGCCGAGAUCAGCAGGCGGGGGCUUCGGGCGGGGGAGGAGCUUGUCAAGGAGCCAAUCGGAAGCAAGCCUCCCGGAGCGGUCAGCCCAAUGACAGACUUCCCCGACUCAAGCCCCUCUGUCUGGGAGGCGGCCAGGCGCGGGGCCACACCCAAGGUGAACCUGCUGCUCAUCCUGCAGCAGGGCUGGGACCUGAGUAAGGUGCAGGCGCGCACGGCCUUCACCUGUUACCUGUGCCGGGUCCAACAGCGCCUCUCGGCUGAGAGCAUGGCCAGCGGCGCCCCAGCCGGGCCGGAGAAGGACGACGACCAAAUGGAGCUGGUGGUGCGCUUCCUGCAGAGAGCAGCCAGUAACAUGCAGCAGGACGUCAGGCUGGACCUGCCCAGUCGCCAGCUCGCGCCGCAGGCCCGCAGACGCAUUCUGUCCACUCAGCUGGGAGACUUCAUCCACUGCUACAGCAAGGCAGCUAGCCCCUCUCUCUCCCUCGUUAUGAAUGACACCUUCUGCCUCAUUGUACUGAUUUUAUACACUUUGUUAAAUGUCUCAGUCAAGGUGGAAACGGAUCAGAUGCUGCACCAAUCAGAGGGCGGCGGCGGCGAUGAGGAGCGCUGCAUAAACCCUGGCGUGUUCAUGGAGUACAUCGCAGGAGCAAGCGAAAACGAGCUGGAGGCCGUUCUGACGUUCUACACACACAAGAAUAAAUCAGCCAGCGUCUUUCUUGGAACCAAAGUGUGCAGCGUCAGGAGAGACAUUCCUGAGAGGAGCAGCUCCGGAGAGCAGGUCAAGUCCAGGCGCCCUCAAACUCUGGCUCUGGCCACAUCCAGCAGCUCAGCCUGCACCCCUAAACCCAGCCCCGACCCGGCCCCCCGCACCCCCCCCCCCACCCACCCCGCUCCCGCCGCUGCCUACCCAGCACCCAGGGACCCGCAGCCGCAGGCCCCGUCCACCAGGACGGCCCCCGGCCCGCCUCGCCCGGCCCCCCGCGGCCCCCAGCACUCCUCCAGCUUCCCCGUGUCCUUCGACCGCUGCCACGCCCUUCCUCCACGGCCCCUCCCCCGCCGCCCCAUCUCCUCUGAGUCCCUGCCCCUGCACUGUCCGCCCCCACCCCCACCAGCAGCACCACCCCCACCCCCGUCGCUGGCCUCUAAACCCCCGCCCUACACACACGCCACGCCCUGGAUGCCCGCGCGGUACCCCCACCGGAUGCCCGAGCCCCCGUCUCAGCCGCCGCCACCUCCGCCGCCACGCACCGGGCCCCACGCCACCCCACCGCCCAGCCAGGGGAUGAGGAGGCUCCAGUCCUUUGUCGCCCCCUCCUCCUCAUCCUCCUCCUCCUCCUCCUCCUCGUCCACGCCGGGCUCUGCGGCGUCGGGCUCCACGCGGGCCGCGGCGCACGUCUGCAACCAGAAGAUCAGCAGACCCAUCUCCGCCGGCCAGGCCCAAGGGAGCAGGAGGGCCUGCCCUGGGAGGCCGAGGCCGGAGCAGGAGGCUGUGGCGGCGGGGGCGGGGGAGCUGUGCUCUCUGGCGGCCCAGGCCCAGUCCAACCAGCAGGCCAUCGUCGUGGCUCUGCAGAGGCUGGCGGACAAGCAGUCAGCCCGCCAUUACAACAGCUCCAGCACCAUCAACCUGCUGACACAGCAUCUCGCCAACCUCAACCUGGACAGUGGGAUCAUCAGCAGGGGAGGCUUCACCUUGGGGCCCAGGGCCCCCCCAGCUCCCCCUAUUAGCCAGGGGCCACGCAGGGCCCUAAACGCAGAAACACUCCCCUCCGGGGGCACUGGUCCCAGGAUGCCGGCCCGGAGCGGAGUGGUCCACUGGAGCGAGGAGGAGACCCCGGCCUACAGGCAUGUGACCGGGCCGGGCCCCCAGCCCCAGGGGAGUUACCGCUUCCAGUUCGCCAUCCAACAGCUGCUGGACCAGAGCCACACUCGCCAUCAGGCCCUGCUGCUGGAACCCACGAGUACCCAAUGGCCCCGGGCCCCUAACAACUCCCCUGCGCACCCUCCGGGGGGCCACCCGGUCUGCACCAGCACCACUCAGACCCACGACCCCUCUCUGCACCGGCCCGAGCGGGGCCCCGGGAGGCCCCCGCUCGCCCCCAAGCCCCCCAGCGGCUCCCGGGACGGCCUGGCCAGGAAGACGGAGACCCAGCGCCUCACGUAA